UGUAAUCCGCUGAAAAGUGGUGCAACUGAUUGUGCAAGGUUUUUGACGGUAUAUUCGUAUAUAACAAGAAGGCGACAGGUCAAACUCUCAAUAUAGAAGUACAGCUACUAGUAUUAAUUUUAUUUAACUUUAAUUGAGCCUUGAGUUUAACGAGUUUAUUACUCACUGGAUCAAUCCUCAUAAGUGGAAAAAUGAAAUACAGUAACCAUACUAACAGUAACAUGGCGCUAGACCCACUCACCCGAGAACGCGUGGACAAGACGAAGCUGGGGAAACGUGUGGCAUAUCUGCUACGAUAUGGUGCGGAGAAAGAAGGAAUUGAAGUAAAAGAAGGAGGUUAUGUUCCUUUAUGUCAACUUAUGCAAGUUCCACUUAUGAGACAUCAUACUGCAAAAGAAGUGCUGGAGGAAGUAGAGCAGUCUAAAGGUUCCAGGGGGUCCAAGAGAUAUGAAUCAAAAGUAGAAGGAGAAGAGACUUAUGUUAGAGCAAGGUACUUGAGAAGAAUGGAAAGGAGUUCUUUUCAUGAAGGGACCAAAGUAAAGAGAUUAUUAGAUACCACUAUGGAUUUUAUAUGCCAAAACCAUGAAAUGUAUGACUUGCAAGAUUUUCCAGAUGAAUAUUUAAUAGGGCAAAUGAUACACAAGCUGAAGAGAGAGAAAAAACUCAAUUCCAAAGUUUUCCAAACAUUAUUAUGCCCAGCUCUCACUCACCUGGACCUUCAUGGAGUUUACGUCACAGAGAAAAUAAUGAAUCACAUUGCAAGAAACUGCUCAGGAUUGACACAUUUAAAUCUCAAGGACUGUGGAUAUGUUAUGACUGAUCAUUUAGCUCAACGGAUAUUUAAGAAGUUAUGUAACCUGGAAGUGCUCAAUUUAGAGGGUUGUCGUCAUCUAACAGAUUCCACCAUUAUUCUGAUAUCUAAACAUCUCACGAAUUUACAGCAGAUCUACCUCACAUAUAUGCCAAAGAUUUCUGAAAAAGCUGUUUUCGAAUUACUGGACAUGUGCCCAAACCUACUCCAUGUUGACAUUUAUGAUAAUAGAAAUAUAACUGAAGAUGGACGAUUAGAACUUGCAAAGAUAAUGAGUCUAAAGAAUAUAACUAUAAAUUUGAAAUAAUAUUUAUUUAGAGCAGGUGCUAAUUUUGUUGUUUGUUUUUAAAUGACUUGAUCAAUUUUAGACUGUUGUAAAUUCUUACUACUGGUAACACCAGGUUAUCAAUGGAUAUAUGGAAGAGACAUUUGAUGCAUUUUCCAUGUCUCAAUACAGGGCUUGAUUUUUGGCAGGAAAAUAUUUUCUUUAAAAUCUGAAAUUUAUACAGUCCUUUCACAUGUAUUCAUGGAACUCUCAUGAAAAAGAUGUCAAGUGAAACAUCAAGCUGUUGCUUUUUUGUAUAGUCUAUUGAUAGAUGUAGCCUUGUGACAAUCUGACAAAAGUUGGCUGUUUUUUUGCAGUUGUGUCAAAAUAAAAUUGAAAUGUCCAUUGAUAAAGCUAUAUCAUUCCUGGAUAAUAUAAUAAUAAGGGGUUUUGAUAAGUUUAAAUAUAAUAGGCAAAAUAGCA